AUGGAAAAUGGCACUUCGGCAACUAAAGGAGAAGAGUUCCUCUCUAGAAUGGCUCUCAACGACAACAAAGCUGGUAUGGAGGGCCUUGACAGAGAUAAAAUCAACAAGAUCAUCAUGGAAUCAUCAAAGGGAUCCAAGUUUUAUGAGAACGAGUUGAAGAGAGAGCAUCAGGUGAACCAGCGCAUUGAGAAAAUGAUGCUGCAAAAAGCACAAAUCACACAACAGCAGUUAAAUAAAGCCCAAGCUCAGGUGGAGGGAAUGGCCUCUCAAAUGGAGAAGCAUCGUGAUCUGAGCCGUGUGAUUGUUCAUGUGGACAUGGACGCUUUCUAUGCUGCGGUGGAGAUGAGAGACUGUCCUGAUCUCAAGGACAAACCCAUGGCUGUUGGAUCAAUGAGCAUGCUGUCUACAUCAAACUACCAUGCCAGGAAAUAUGGUGUUCGGGCAGCUAUGCCAGGAUUCAUAGCCAAAAAACUUUGCCCCCACUUAAUCAUUGUUCCAUGCAACUUUGAUAAAUACAAAUCAGUGAGCAAUGAGAUCAGGGAAAUAUUUGCUGACUAUGAUCCUCAAUUCCAGCCAAUGAGUCUGGAUGAAGCCUAUCUGGACUUUACAGAGCACCUGGAAUUAAGGAAGAGCUGGCCAGAAGCUUCGCGAACACAUCGCUACCGCUCCAGCAGCAAUUAUAUAGAGCAAUCUGAACAACAACAGGAAUCCGAGGUGCAAGGCUUCUCCCCUGUGCUGUUUGAUGACAGCCCAGGCUCCUCUCAGUCUUUAUCAAGUUCUGAAGCUGCUGAUCGAACGGGUAAAGCCGCCGAGGUGUUCGGUACGUCUGUUGAGGAGGCUGUGAGAGAAAUGCGCUUCCGUAUUGAGCAGAAGACGAUGUUGACGGCCAGUGCAGGAAUUGCUCCAAACAUGAUGCUGGCCAAGGUGUGCAGUGACAAGAACAAACCUAACGGACAAUACAGACUGGCAUCCACCAGGGAGGCCGUCAUGGAAUUCAUCCAGAACCUUCCAGUUCGCAAAGUGUCCGGCAUAGGGAAGGUGAGCGAAAAGAUGCUGAAUGCUCUGGACAUCAGUAGCUGUGCUCAUCUCGGCCAGCAGAUGGCAAUGUUGUCAUUGUUGUUCUCUGAGACCUCCUGGCAUCACUUCAUGCAGGUUUCCCUUGGCUUGGGCUCCACAUACAUUGUGAGGAACGAUGAAAGAAAAAGUAUGAGCACGGAGAGAACGUUUAAAGAACUGAAUAAGCCUGAAGAGCAGCUGUCUUUAUGCAGAGAACUUUGUGAAGACUUGGCACAAGACUUGAAGAGAGAAGAUCUCAAGGGUAAAACCAUCACGCUGAAGUUGAAGAAUGUGAACUUUGAGGUGAAAACCAGGGCAAUGACGCUCCCCUGUGCUGUCGCCACUGCGGACGAGAUCUUCGCUGUGGCCAAAGACCUUCUUAAGACUGAAACGGAGAAUGAAAAUCCACAGCCACUUAGACUGAGGCUCAUGGGUGUUCGGAUCUCUGCCUUUGUCAGUCCGGAUGAUAAAAAGCCUCUGCAGAAGAGUAUCGUUGGUUUCCUCCAAUCAGGCAAGGCGGACGCUCGAGGCUCCACCCAGGAACGACAUCAACAAUUUGAAGAGGAUCGGCUCUCUUCUUGUCCUGCCACAGCACAGACAUGUCAGACGAAAGAAGAGUCUUCCUGGCAGAUGAAGAAAAAGGGCUUACUGGAAGAUAUGCCUGCUGACCGAUCACAGCUAUCUUUUUUUCAAAGAGCCCAUGCUAAAAGACUGCAGCUUCAAGUUGAGGAGACCGUAUCUGUGGUUACAGUUAGAGGUGAUGACGCACAUAGAGUUGAGUCACCCAAAAAGGGUGUGAGUCGAGAGAGUGCUGCCUCACACCUUUCAGAAAUUGGUGACGUUUACUCCUCUGAGGUUCAAGCAUCGACGUCAAGCUCUGCAUCGAACUGCCUCAUCUGCCCUGUGUGUUUUAGAAAGGUUAACACAGAUGAUUUGAAUGUCUUCAACAGCCAUAUCGACAAAUGUCUCAGUGAAGGAGAGAGCCAUAUAUCGGACAGGAAGUCAGAUUUAUUCAAAGACCUUAAAGAAAGUGAGGUGCCUGGUUCUGAUGCAGAUGAGGACCAAAAAAAUAGGCAGGACCAACACAACCUGACAAAUGAUUACGUUCACAAGGUUACGUUGAUCAAGUGUGAUGGAGAAACAGUGCCCUCACAUCAACCUCGGUUGUGUCACAAUAAAGAUCUUGACCUCAUCUGCCCGGUGUGUCAGCUGACCCAGGACACAAAUGACCUCAAUAUCUUUAAUUGCCACGUUGACCUCUGCCUGAACCAGGAAGUGCUGCAAGAGAUGGGGACAUCACAGUCAGUUGAAGUUGCUAAGGCCAUGGUAAUAGACAAAAGCAUCCCUCCUCUGAGGCAAGCAGGCAGAGGUAAAAGCAAAAGACGAGACACGUCGUCAUACCUACCCUGUAAAAAGGCCAAAGGUCUGAGCCCUCACAACACCAUUGACAAGUUCUUCAGGUGA